CCAGAGACCACCACUGCACCACAUCCACAAAUUUGAUUCAAUGAAGCGUCACAAAAAAUGCCAAGUCAAACCACGAUUUAACUCUAUCAUCUAUCAUAGCAAGAUUGCUCUGAUUACAAUCUCGUCAGGAGAUAUCGUUUCAUUACUCUCUGGGAUGAAGAAAUCGCAGCUAGUUUUCGUUCCUGCUUCUGGCAUGGGUCACCUUGUGUCCGCCGUCGAGCUCGCUAAGCUUCUCAUCAACCGCCAUGACCAACUUUCGGUCACCGUCCUUAUCACCAAAGCACCGUCUGAUCCCACCUUCGACGCCUACACCCACUCCCUCACUUCCUCUCUUUCCUUGCCACAACGUCUUCACUUCGUUCUUCUUCCUCCACACCCCCACCGCGACCAUGCCAACUCUCACUCUCUGCAUCCAACUACCUUUUUGGAAUCUCUUAUCGAAAACCAGAAACUCAGUGUCAGAAACGCGGUGUCCAAACUCGUCUCGGACCCCGGCUCGCCCCAGCUCUCCGGGUUCGUUUUGGACAUGUUCUGCGCCGCCAUGAUUGACGUGGCCGCCGAUUUCAGGGUUCCAGCCAUCAUAUUCUUUACCUCAAGCGCUGCUUUUCUUGGGUUCAAGCUUCACGUCCACACGCUCUGGGAGCGAGAGAACGUUGACACGACUGCGCUUGACUUCAACGACUCGGCCACUGGGUUUGCCAUCCCGAGUUUCGCUAACCACGUUCCUGCUAGUGUUUUCCCUGGUCCUUGGCUGGACAAGGACUGGGCUCCAUUCGUGUUGAAUCUAGCGAGUUGGAUAAAGAAAACAAAGCGCAUUAUAGUAAAUACAUUUGACGAGCUAGAAUCCCAUGCGAUCCAGUCAUUUUCCAGCAGUGAUCUUACCGUUUAUCCCAUAGGACCUAUCUUAAGUAUAGGAGACAACCAGACGGUCGCACAAGAAUCAGGUGUCAUCCGGUGGCUUGAUGAUCAAGCCCCUUCUUCAGUGAUAUUCCUAUGCUUCGGAAGUCGGGGUUACUUGGACCAAAAUCAAGUGACAGAAAUGGCACGCGCUCUUGAAGCAAGUAGUGUCCACUUCGUGUGGUCUUUAAGGAAGCCCCCACCUAAGGGUUGGAUGGAAGCGCCGAGUGAUUACUCGAAUGUGGAAGAAAUAUUACCAGAAGGAUUCUUGCUGAGGACGGCUAAGCUUGGGAGAGUGAUGGGUUGGGCUCCACAGGCCCAAAUUCUAGCCCACGAGGCUGUGGGAGGGUUUGUGUCACACUGCGGGUGGAAUUCAAUACUGGAAAGUAUAUAUUACGGCGUGCCAAUUGCCACGUGGCCCCUUCAUGCGGAGCAGCAAGUGAACGCGUUCCAACUGGUGCGAGAGCUGAAAAUGAGCCUAGAGAUCUCAUUGGAUUAUAGGAGCGAGUUCGGGAACGUAGGCAAAUCGGGGGUGAUAAGUGCAGAGACAAUUGCGAGAGGGAUAAAAGAAGUGAUGGAGAAAGAGAGUGAGACGAGGAAGAAGGUGAAGCAGAUGAGUGAGUUGAGUAGGAGGGCUUUAAUGGAGGGCGGAUCAUCCUUCUCCUCUUUAGGACGCUUUAUCCAUGAUUUACUGAGUUAGGAAUGAUAUUGUUAUUGUUCCUUUUAAUCUUUUUUAAUUUUUUUUUACAAGGUAUUAUCGUCAAUUAUUUGUGAAUCAUGAGAGAGUUAAUCGCGACUUAUAAAAGUUGAACCUUGGAUCAAGGAGUUGUAUAACUUACCAGCUGAACAACUAAUUUAAUUGUCA